AUGGCUAACGACUUUAUUAUGACACUAGAGGACGUCGACUCCGAAGUAGAGGACCUUACACAAAAUUUAAAAGAACAAGAAGGACGUAAAGAACCCGAAAUCUCUACAACUAAAAGCUCAAAAAAGGCUGCAAAGAAUAAAAAAAAGAGAAAAAAGAAAAACAAGAAUUAUAUAAAACAAGAAGAAAUAAACAUUGGUGGUGACAAUAGUACUGGCAAUAAGAACACGUCAACGAAACAGAGUUCCGAAACGAAAGAUAAAAAAAUAAUUGAUCCUGUCAUCGAAACUGAUACGUUUAAUCCUGAGUUCACAUUCGAUAUUGAGGGUGGUUGUGCGCAUGUUGGUUUGAAACAGUCUUGGGAUUUUGAAGCGGCGAAGGCUGCAUUGAAGCUUAAGAAUUCGGCACGCGUAUCAAUCGAUGAGAUUAUUGCAAAGAUAAGGGACAACAAGAAAAGCAGUACAGGAUCAUCUGAUACUACAGUUUUGGCAAAUAAAAAAAAAAAGCCUACAUCUUCUACAAAUAAUGAAUCUUCAACGAAGAAAAAAGGCGAUAAUGAUGAAGAAAAUGAAUACGAAAAAGAGCGCAAAAAAGCCUUUUUCGCCGAUGAAUCAGAAUUAAACCACAAAAGCGACUUAAUCGACUCAUUUCAAUCGAUGAACCUAUCCCGGCCAAUUCUUAAAGGUUUAAGUCAACUAGGAUUCGUGCAACCGACUCCAAUCCAAGUGCAAACAAUCCCUGUUGCAUUAAUGGGAAAAGACAUUUGCGGUGGUGCAAUCACUGGAUCUGGUAAGACUGCUGCGUUUAUAAUACCUAUUCUCGAAAGGUUGCUAUAUAGGCCCAGGCAAGACCAGACCACAAGAGUUUUGAUUCUUGCACCAACGCGUGAAUUGGCGAUUCAGUGUCAUAGUGUGGCAACUAAGAUUGCCUCGUUUACGGAUACUACGCUUUGUUUGUGUGUUGCUAAACUUUCGGCAUAUACAGGCGGUUUAUCUCUAAAAGUACAAGAGGCCGAAUUAAGGCAACGACCUGAUAUAGUAAUUGCUACACCGGGUCGUCUUAUAGAUCACAUUCGUAAUUCCAUAUCGUUUUCGCUAGAUACCAUUGAAAUCCUAGUAAUAGAUGAAGCAGAUAGAAUGCUAGAAGAUGGCUUCUCAGCAGAACUAAACGAAAUCAUAAAAGCAUGUCCAAAAUCACGACAAACAAUGUUAUUCUCCGCCACCAUGACCGACAAUGUCGAUGAACUUAUCCGACUCUCAUUGAAUCGUCCAGUACGACUAAUGGUCGACUCUGCAAAAGCGACCGCCGCGCGACUCACCCAGGAAUUCGUACGAAUAAGAAAACACCGUGAAGAUGAUCGACAAGCUAUAUUAUUGGCACUUUGUUGUCGUACUUUUAAGGCCCGCGUGAUCAUUUUUUUGAAGAGUAAAGCGUUGGCCCAUGAGAUGAAAGUUGUGUUUGGGUUGAUGGGGUUAAAGGCGGCUGAGCUUCACGGAAAUCUUUCGCAAGAGCAGCGGUUGGAAGCUUUAGAAGCAUUCCGUGAUGGUAAAGUGAAUUUUCUUUUGGCAACUGAUUUGGCUUCUCGUGGAUUAGAUAUAAAAGGAAUCGAAACGGUCAUAAAUUUUGAUAUGCCACAAAGCUACGCACAUUAUCUACAUCGCGUAGGUAGAACAGCUCGUGCUGGCCGAAAUGGGCGGUCCGUCACGCUCUGUGGCGAAUCCGACCGCAAAAUUCUCAAAACAAUUGUAAAACACGCGAACACCAAACAACAAAUAAAACGUCGCGUCGUUCCAAUCGAAGUAAUUACAAAAUACAUCAAAAAAUUAUCCAGUCUCCGCGAAAAAGUUGCGCAUGUUCUCAUGGAGGAGAAACAAGAAAAAGAAGUACAACGGGCGGAGAUGGAGAUUACAAAGAGUGAGAAUCUGUUGAAACACGAGAAAGCGAUAUACAGUCGACCGGCGCGUACUUGGUUCCAAACGAAAAAAGAAAAGCAGCGCGCAAAGGAAGUUGCUCAGGAAAAAUAUAAAUCGAACAUUGAAAAUGGCGGUAAGAAUAGUAAUAACAAGAAACGAAAACGUGAAAAUGAUGAAAAAAACGCAGCAGCAGCAAAACCUAAGAUUAAACGAGGCAAUAAAAAUUAUAUCGAAUGA